AUGGGUGUUGUGAAGUUCGAUAAUACACCUAGUGCGGGAAACCCGUUACCCAAUCAUACUGUUAAUAGGGUAAACGCGAUAGUCGAGAAUGUGGGAAGGAGAGUUAAGUUGGAUGUGGCAAAAGUGAAAACCCCGAUGAGGGAGGUUUUGAAUAAGAUGGGUCUAAUGGACAACAAGGAGCUGGAGUUCUUUGAGUUUGCUGAAGAGGAAGAUGUGUAUGCCUCGGAGGAGGGGCUAAUAAAGAGGGUCUGUGAGGUCAAUCACCCAGUGGUGAUUAUUUCACGAUUGAAAGUCGAUGAAGCUGGAGCGAGAACGACGCCAAGAGUGGUGAUUCAGAAACCCGUGGCUUUUCCUUACAAGGAUAACAAAAGAGUGCCUUGGAAUUAUAACUGUAAUGUGACAUCAUUAGGAGAACGGAGGCUGGUCAUCAUGCCAGAUACAAAAGCCAAGCCUGUAAAAGGGAAAUAUUUGAUGUUUGAACAGGGGGAAGAGAGGACAAAACCAUUGGUUAAUGAACCGGUAACGGCGGAUGAAGUAAAAGAAUUUCUGAAGUUCCUGAAGCACAGUGAGUAUAGUGUUGUGGAACAGUUGCACAAACAGCCAGCACGCACCUCGGUACUAGCUUUGCUCCAAAAUUCAGAGGUACACCGUAAUACGUUGAUGAAGGUGUUGAAUGAAACUUAUGCCGCUGAAGACAUUUCGGUGAACAAGCUAGACCGUCUUGUCAGUAAUAUAAGUGCUAAUAACUUCAUUUCUUUCAGCGAUGAUGAGAUACUGCCAAGUGGCAUAGGGUCUACCAAGGCUCUGCACAUCACCACACGGUGCAAAUGGUAUACACUACCGGGGGUAUUGAUUGACAAUGGGUCGACACUGAAUGUCUUGCCACUGCCCAUAUUGAGCAGGUUACCUAUAGAUAGUUCUCAUAUGAAGGCAUGCCGGAAUAUAGUGAGAGCGUUCGGUGGCACUGAGAGGAAAGUAAUGGGUAGAAUUGAGAUCCCCCUUCUGAUCAAACCCGACACGUACGAGGUAGACUUUUUCGUGAUGGACAUUAAGCCCUCUUAUAAUUGUUUACUGGGAAGGCCUUGGAUUCACUCAGUGGGAGUGGUACCAUCAUCAUUGCACCAGAAGUUGAAGUUGGUAACAGAGGGUCCGCUGAUAACCAUAAAUGCAGAGGAGGACAUUAUCGCCUCUGUUACUAGUAACGAGCCGUACAUCGAGAAUGAUGAUGAAGUAAUUGAGUGUUCCUUUCGGUCAUUGGAAUUUGUCAAUGUCGUACAUCGAGAAUGA